GCUGGAUAAUGGAAAAUCAACCGGAACGUAAACAACAAAAAUGGCCACGCUUGUUUUAGACAACGGAGCGGGAAGCAUAAAAAUAGGGUUUUCUAAUGAUAAGGAACCAAGAAUUGUUCCAAACUGCAUUUCUAAAGCAAAGAAUGUUCGAACUAGAAUAUUUAUUGGAGAUCAGAUUGAUGAAUGCAAGGAUCUCUCAGGAUUAUAUUACAUUCUUCCAUUUCAAAAGGGUUAUUUAGUUAAUUGGGAUAUAGAAAGACAAGUAUGGGAUCAUAUGUUUGGUAAAGAUGUUUGUCAGGUAGAUUUUAAUGAAACAACAGCUAUAGUUACAGAACCACAUUUUAAUUUCCCAUCAGUACAAGAAUCAAUGAAUGAAGUAUUUUUUGAAGAGUAUCAGUUUAAAGCUUUACAUAGAACUAAUGCAUCUACACUAAGUCAAUAUAAAUCAGAAAAAGAGAGUACAGAAAAACAUUUAUGCCAUUUAGUUAUAGACUCUGGUUACUCAUUUUCACACAUCAUACCAUAUUUUAAAGGCAAGAAGUUAAAAGAAGCUAUUAGAAGAAUUAAUGUUGGUGGUAAAAUUUUAACAAAUCAUUUAAAAGAAAUAAUAUCAUACAGACAGCUGAUGGUUAUGGAUGAGACUUAUGUAGUGAAUCAAGUUAAAGAAGAUGUUUCUUAUGUUUCCACAGAUUUUAUGGAAGACAUGAAAAUAGCUAAAAAAAGAGGUAAAGAAAAUACAAUAGCACGUGAUUAUGUUUUACCUGAUUAUACCCACAUUAAAAGAGGUUAUAUAAGGCCAAUCGAAGAAACAACAGGAAAAUCUCAGGGCAGUGAACAGAUUAUUCGUAUGAAUAAUGAAAGAUUUGCUGUACCUGAGAUAUUAUUCCAACCAUCAGAUGUGGGUAUAAAUGAAAUGGGAAUAUGUGAAGCUGUUUUACAUUCACUUCAAUCAUUAGAUGAAGAGAUGAGACCUCAUUUAUUAGGGAAUAUUAUUGCAACAGGUGGAAACUGUCAUUUACCAGGUUUUAAAGACAGAUUAUAUAAAGAUAUUCGUAGUUUAACUGAUGCUGAUAUUGAUGUAAAUGUUACAGUUCCUGAUAGCCCUUCAACUUAUGCUUGGGAAGGCGGAUGUCUUUUAUCUAAAGAUCCAAAUUUCCAGAAAAAGAUGGUGGUCACAAGACAACAAUAUGAAGAACAUGGUCAAACAAUAUGUGAAGAGAAAUUUGAUGUGUAAUAAGUUAACUGUGCAAUAAAUACUCUGUGUGCUAUAAACCUUUGAGAUUGUGUAAACAGUAAAUCAUUAUGUUGCGAGAAGUGGAAAUGCUAUUUUAUUUUGUUAAUGGAUUUUGGUGUCUGAUUUUCUAUUAAACUCAAUGUUUUUUUUCUUAAA